UGUGGUGUGAAGAUGCAGAACCAGGAGCCGCAGAUGGGGCAUAUGCCUGUACCGCAGCCGAAGAUGCCUGCUUCUUCCAGUCGCAUUCUUUACGAUAUCCCCUGCAAGGUCUGUCGAGACCAUUCUUCGGGGAAGCAUUAUGGCAUAUUCGCGUGCGACGGUUGCGCCGGUUUCUUCAAGAGGUCGAUACGAAGAAAUCGUCAGUACGUUUGCAAAGCGAAGUCCGAAGGAGGCUGCAUGGUGGACAAGACACAUCGGAACCAAUGUCGAGCGUGUCGUCUAGCCAAGUGCAUUCAAGCUGGCAUGAACAGGGAUGCUGUGCAACACGAACGUGGCCCACGAAACUCGACUCUACGUAGGCAGAUGGCCUUGUACUUUAAAGAACCCGAAAUGAUGGCCAACAUGGUGCCCCCACCAGCGGGAGCUUUGGAUCUGGCUUUGCCCAAACCACCGACCGAGCCUCGAGUUUCCGUCGCAGCUCCAACCCCUCAUCAUCCUCUUCCACACCCUAUUUAUUGCAACAGUAUGGCCCUACCAAAGAUUCCUGUGAGUGUGGCGGGUCUAUCAACCGUGCCGUUGAUGCCAGCGAUAACAGCGGAGUCCAUCUGCGAACAGGCCGCAAGGUUGCUAUUCCUGAACGUCCACUGGGCUAGGGAUCUGGCAGCUGGAACGAACCUGGUCCUGGAGGAUCAGCUCACUCUUCUAGAGUCCUCUUGGCGGGAAUUAUUUUUGCUCGCGGCAGCACAAAUUCUGCCAACCCUGGACCCGACGGCCCUGCUUCCUCCGGGUCCCCAAGGUCUCGGACUGGCCGUCGAGGUGAACCGAUUCAGAGAGACGCUGGCUGGUUUCCACGCGAUGAACCUCGACCAACACGAGUUCGCUUGCAUCAGGGCAAUCGUGCUCUUCAAGGCUGGUUUGGACAGCGAGCCUCUGCCUAGCAGCAGAAGCAGCAACGGUUCUGCGUCCCCUAACGCUGGAAGCAGACUCAGAGACGCAGCAGCCGUGGCUAGGCUGAGAGACGGAGCCCAACUCGCCCUUGGACAGCGACUCAGCGGCGCAUCAUUCGGUGCCCUUAGGUUUGGCAAGCUGUUACUCUUACUCCCCACGCUUCGGUCGGUGUCCACCCACGCCAUCGAGGAACUGUUCUUCAGGAGAACCAUCGGCGUCAUCCCCAUCGAGAGGAUCAUCUGCGACAUGUACAAAGCUGCUUGA